AUGCAAUCCUCCACUUGGUCUGGGCUGCCUUUGCCCAAAUACUGCAGUGUGACCACAACCCUGAAAGCUCCAGGCCAGGACUACACUGCUCCAUCCCGGAACCUCUCCUUCACCUGUCCCUUGGCUCCCUGGCUCUUGUUUCAUUUUCUUUUAUCCAGGUAUGCCUCUGAUCACCCAUGUUGCCACAUGGCUGAUCCAGCGUGGCAGGGCCCUGGCCAGCCUGGAAGAGUUGGAGAUGCUGUUGGCAGCCAGGUCCUGGCAAGAAGAGAUCCAGAUGGCUUUUAUUACCGGGCUCAGAUAAAGGCCACUCCAGAGUUGGAGCGGCAGGGGAUCCUGGUUGUAGAAUUUGAGUCUCCCUCUGUCGCAGGCCCAAAUCUCCCAGCCCAGAGGCAGAGUGUGGUCUUGGAAGAAGAUGUGAUUCAGCUCUCACCAUCUGUGGACUAUUCUCUGCAACCUGGGGACACGGUGCUGGCACCCUGGGAGCCAGACCGACAGCGGUAUGGCCCUGGCACUGUUCUCUUGGGCUUGAAGAUGAGAGACCCCCAGAGAGCAUCAAAGGAAGAAGAAAUCACUGUUUACUUCUGGAAUGGCAAAACAGCUAAAGUGCCUCUAGGUGGGGUCAGGUGGGUGCCUCUCGCUGUCUGGAAGAAGGCUGUGGAAAGGCUGCGCAAGCCUUGCCCCAGGGAGCACCCCAGUCCCCAACUCUGGGCCUCUUGCUGCUCCCUGCUGGUGCCAACCCCUGGAUGCAUCACCAACAGGUCUCCUCUGGAUACUCCGUUCCUGUGCCCUCCCUGCCACCCCCCUGCCUGCUGCCAGCUACUGUGCCAGGGCUGCCUCUGCUGGUGCCCUUUGGCAGGCCCCACCCGGUGCUCUCUAACUAGGGCCUCAGAGGUCACAGCCAGAGAACUCCCAGAAUCAGAGCUGAAGCCCACAGCAUGGCUUUUGCCCCUUGAGGGUCCUAAAGAGAAGGCAACAGCAGUGCACAGUCCUGGGGCCGUUUCCUCCUCUUCUUGUGAAGAAGACUAUUUGGAGAACUAUCUGGAGAUAGGCCUUCCCCAGAGAUUGAUGGUAGACAGCGCAGUCAACACUGACCCCAUCCUUCCUCAGAAGUCUCCAAGGCAGUGCAGCCCUUGCCAGCCACCGUGGAGGUACUGGAGGAGAAAUGGGCCUGAGCCGUGUCCUGGGAAGCCAGGUAUACCAAGAGAACAAGACGUGGCAACAUCCGAAGACAACAAAAAGGAGAGAGCACAAACUGUGGUAAUGGGGACUACCCAAGAGCUGGCCCUGAAAGCAACCAACACGAAGCCAUGGCAGACCCUGCCAGAGGAAGCCGAACACAGAAAACUAAGGCAGUAUGAGCAGCAGAAAAGCACUGCUGUGACUGUAGGGGCACAGGAACUGGUGGCCCAGGCCUGGUGA